AUGGGAAACUGUUGCAAGCCAGCAUCGUCAAUGGAGUGGGGCGGAGAGGACUGGACUUCUUUGACGUCUAAGAAUAUUGUUACGAGGAAGACUAGUUCUAGUUCAAGUUCAAGUUCAAGCAAGGUGUUUGAUGAAGCUCAUGGUCACGUGUUAUGUCUAGGGAAAGUGCAGAAGGAGAAGAUUUUAGGCACUCUAAGAGCUUCUUCUGAUCAUGUAAGUGGGAAAGUGAAGAUAAGGAUGUCAAAGAAAGAGUUGAAAGAACUAUUGGACUUGGGAGGGAUAGAGAACCAAAAACAGGUUAAGAAGCACGUUGGGCGAGCUUCCGCUGAGCAAGUUCUUUUCCGCUUAAUGAACAACGCCAAAGAUCAUGAUGCUCAUCACAGAUUCUGGAAGCCAGUGCUAGAGACUAUCCCCGAGGUUAGUUGA